AUGUGUGGCAACUACGGUGGAAACUCCUGUGGGGGCUGUAGCUCCGGCUGUGGCUGCGGUUGUGGAUACGGCUCUGGCUGCGGAUGCGGCUCUUGCGGUGGCUGUGGCUCUGACUGUGGAUAUGGCUCUGGCUGCGGCUCUGGCUGUGGAUACGGCUCUGGCUGUGGAUGUGGCCCCGGCUGUGGAUACGGCUCUUGCGGUGGCUGUGGCUCUGGCUGUGGAUACGGCUCUUGCGGUGGCUGUGGCUCUGGCUGUGGCUCCAACUGUGGAUACGGCUCUGGCUGUGGAUACGGUUCUAAAUAUGGACUAGGCUGUGGAUAUGGCUCUGGCUCCUGUGGCUACCGGCCACUUUGCUACAGAAAAUACUAUACCUCUUGCUGA